AUGGAGACUCAUGGCGAGACCUCUGAAGGGCUCUCAGCAGACCUUUCCGAAGUCCUGCAGAGACGCCCUGUGCAGUGUAUUUGUGUGGCAGUCCAGAAGAGUUGGAUUGAACGAUGUCUCAAUGAAAGUGAAAACAAACGCUACUCCAGUCACACCUCUCUGGGGAAUGUUUCUAACGAUGAAAAUGAGGAAAAAGAAAAUAAUAGAGCAUCGAAACCACACUCAACUCCAGCUACACUGCAAUGGCUGGAGGAGAAUUAUGAGAUUGCAGAAGGAGUUUGCAUUCCUCGAAGUGCUCUCUACAUGCAUUACUUGGACUUUUGUGAGAAAAAUGACACACAGCCUGUUAAUGCUGCCAGCUUUGGGAAGAUAAUAAGGCAACAGUUUCCACAGCUAACAACAAGAAGACUUGGAACCAGAGGCCAAUCAAAGUACCAUUAUUAUGGAAUUGCAGUGAAAGAAAACUCCCAGUAUUAUGAUGUGAUGUAUUCUAAAAAAGGAGCAGCCUGGGUCAACGAAACAGGAAAAAAAGAAGUAACCAAACAGACAGUGGCGUAUUCACCACGAUCCAAACUGGGAACAUUACUGCCAGAGUUUCCAAAUGUCAAAGAUCUAAAUCUGCCAGCCAGUCUGCCAGAGGAGAAGGUUUCUACCUUUAUUAUGAUGUAUAGAACUCACUGUCAGAGGAUACUAGACACUGUAAUAAGAGCAAACUUUGAUGAGGUUCAAAGUUUUCUUCUGCACUUUUGGCAAGGGAUGCCUCCUCAUAUGCUGCCUGUGUUGGGUUCUUCAACUGUAGUGAACAUAGUGGGAGUUUGUGACUCAAUUCUGUACAAAGCAAUUUCUGGAGUUUUGAUGCCUACAGUACUACAAGCAUUACCUGACAGUUUGACACAGGUGAUCCGUAAGUUUGCAAAGCAACUGGAUGAGUGGCUGAAAGUAGCUCUCCAUGAUCUACCAGAAAAUCUACGAAAUAUCAAAUUUGAAUUGUCCAGAAGAUUCUCACAAGUACUUCGGCGACAGACAUCACUAAAUCAUCUCUGCCAAGCAUCAAGAACGGUGAUCCACAGUGCAGACAUCACCUUUCAAAUGCUGGAGGACUGGAGGAAUGUGGAUCUGAACAGCAUUACCAAACAAACCCUCUAUACUAUGGAGGACUCACGGGAGGAACACAGAAAGCUCAUCAUACAAUUGUAUCAGGAGUUUGAUCACCUUCUGGAGGAGCAGUCCCCCAUUGAGUCGUACAUCGAGUGGCUGGACUCCAUGGUGGACAGAUGUGUCGUAAAGGUAGCUGCUAAGAGACAAGGCUCUUUGAAGAAAGUAGCUCAGCAGUUCCUCCUGAUGUGGUCCUGUUUUGGCACUCGAGUGAUUCGAGACAUGACUUUGCACAGUGCACCCAGCUUUGGGUCUUUUCACCUUAUUCACUUGAUGUUUGAUGACUAUGUAUUGUACCUGCUAGAAUCACUCCAUUGUCAGGAGAGAGCUAAUGAGCUGAUGAGGGCAAUGAAAGGAGAAGGAAGCACAGCAGAACUAAGAGAAGAAAUUAUUCUGAGUGAACCAGCUCCUCCAACACCCUCCCCAGUGCCAUUCUCCCCAGCUAAAUCUGCCACCUCAGUGGAAGUGCCCUCUGCCCCCUCACCUGUCAGCAACCAGUCCCCAGAGUAUGGUGUCAUAGCAGCCACAACAGGAGCUAUGCAAUCCUAUACGUGGUCACUCACCUACACUGUAACAACAGCUGCUGGGUCACCUGCUGAAAAUUCCCAACAGCUGCCCUGCAUGAGAAGCCCACAUGUACCAUCAUCAUCUGUCACACACCGGAUACCUGUUUAUCCCCACAGAGAAGAACAUGGAUACACAGGAAGUUACAACUAUGGUAGCUAUAGCAACCAGCAUCCCCAUCCAAUGCAGAGUCAGUAUCCAUCCUUACCACAUGAUACUGCUAUUUCUGGACCACUUCACUACUCAGCUUACCACAGAAGCUCUUCACAGUACCCUUUCAACAGCCCAACAUCAAGAAUGGAGCCCUGUUUGAUGAGCAGUACCCCGAGGCUGCAUCCCACGCCUGUGACUCCUCGCUGGCCAGAGGUCCCAGCUGCAAACUCCUGCUACACAAGCCCAUCCAUGCACUCCACAAGAUAUGGAAAUUCCAGUGACAUGUACACCCCCUUGACUACACGCAGGAAUUCUGAAUAUGAGCACAUGCAACACUUUCCUGGCUUCGCCUACAUCAAUGGGGAAGCCACCACAGGCUGGGCUAAGUGA